AUGGUUGCCCUACUUUUGAAGAUGUACAAGCAACUCUUCCCAUUUCCAACCCAUUCCACCUUGCAAAUGCUGAUCAACUUCUUUUUAUUCCCCCUGACUCUGGCUCUCGAUUGGGAUUUCGACGAUCCGGAUACUUAUCAGGGUGGCGGCUUCAUGGACUGCGGCACGAAAGGCGCCAAUAAUCGCUUUUUUGUCUUUUUCAUGGAGUUGGAGUGCCCGUUGAAAGUCGUCCCGUCGUCUUUUUGCUGUCAAGUGCAUAAACGAUGCUAUGAGGAUCACGAGGAAAAGGGCUCCUGCGAUUCGGAAUUGUGCCUCUGUUUGGAGCAUGCAACUGUCGGUCAUGUUGGAUGCCAGACGACAAGACCUGCCAAGACGACCCAAACAUUGCCCCCAAGAGAUGCCGGCAGCUCCAAGGGCCCGUAUGCGAAUCUGGCCACCCAGAAUGUGCUCGACAAGCUGAAGGGGGGCACACGUGAGGCCGAGCGCACUGCCAUGAAGAAACGUCUGCUGCAGGCUAAAAAAGAUAUGCGAGAGGCCGAGAAGAACAUCGAUCAAAUGCUGGAAGAGCUGGAAAAAGAAGAAGCUGAGGAGAACAAGCUUAGAGGCGCUUUCACAAAGUUAAAUGCUCAGAUGGGGGAAGUCGACCACCGUCGCCCACUUCUGCGUGAGCCAUUGCCCCCAGUUCGUGAUUUUGUGCGUGUGCCACCAGACUUCAAGGAACCCAAAGCGAAGCUGGCACCACCCGAAACGAAGAAGGCCAAGGCCCUGCCGCCGUGUCGCCCGUACAAAGCUUGCCCACCGAAAAGCCCGGGUGCUGAAGGCUCAACCGCAUAUGGCGUGACGGAGGGAUCGGGCAAAAACCCGCCACUGACCCCGGCUGAGAGGGCGAAACGAUACAGGCAAAACAAGCGGCAAGCUGUUGAUCAAUGCGACCACGAAAUUCCGGCCCCACUCUUCGAACUGGAUCAAGAUACGGAC